UCUUCUGACAUGUCUCACUCAUAACAGAUCGACAGAUAACAAAAAAAAAAAAAAAGGAAGUAGUCCUCUUUUAUUUUUUAUUUUUUAUUUUUUAUCUGUUGAUUAGGGCCAGGAGGAAAGUAUUGUUGGGUUGGUUCCCUGCCUGCGUUUUCCCUCCCACCCACCCCUUUGCAUGCAUUUCCGAGUUGGUACAGUGCCACGUCAGCAACAGUGCCAUGUCAGCAGUGCCACGUCAGCAGUGCCAUAUCAGCAGUGCCACGUCAGCAGUGCCAUGUCAGCAACAGUGCCACAUCAGCAGUGCCACGUCAGCAGUGCCACGUCAGCAGUGCCACGUCAGCAGUGCCACGUCAGUCACAUUGCCACAUCAGCAGUGCCCCGCCACCAUGACGGGCUCAGUUCUGGGCAUGCCAGGCCAACUGGCAAAUGAGUCCAUUGCCGAGUACCGACAACGUUUUGAAACUCAGCUCGCACUAAUCGCGGCUGAGGAACAGCGCCAGCUGGCAGCCGAGGCUCUCCGCCUACAGGCUAAAGCGGCGGCAACAGCUAAGAAACAGCGGCUUCAGGCCGAAGCAGACACAGAUACCCAGGCACGCCGCAAGGAAGCCCAGGAUCUGCUGCAGCGGCAUGAAACCACCAGCAUUGAAAGGCUCAAGUUUUGGCACUUUGAACCAUCCGAGGAGCACGAUGACGCAACACCAGAGGAGCAGCAUAAGGAAUUCAUGGCCAAGCUCAUGACCAGGUUGGUUUACACUUGUAACCACCUGCAGUCCGAGCUGACGAAUCUCCAGCAGGCCGUACGGAACCCCAAGGAUCAGCACGAGGAUGCAGCACGGGCACUUGAUUCCCGUGUACAGGACUUGGAGCAAACUGCACCAAGACCGGAGGCUGGCGAGUCCAGCAGUGCACCCUCUGCCCGCCAACUGGAGGAAAGCGUCGAUCACGUAGUGGCAAUGCUAGGUGAUAUUAGCACCUUCGCAGCGCCAGCCACCAUCAGCCAGCAGCUGGACACACUGAAGACCGAGAUCAGGCAGCGACAACAGCCGUCUGACCCCGAUCUCAGCACCAGCACGGCGAAGCAGUACAAGAUGCCGACGUUCCGGAUCGAGAAGGUUGAUGAUUACACACAUCAAGAACCGGUUUUCAGGUGGCAAGGAUUCACAACGGAGUUGGGGAUUCAUGAGGUCCCCGAACAUCUGUUCAUUGGCGCGCUGUUCCUUAACGCCAAGGGAGGAUGCCAGAUCUGGCUCAGCCAUAUGGCAACCGUCCACGGCGUCCASGUCUUCGACCUACACAAGAAGGUCUCCUGGGAGGAUCUGACAAAGGAAUGGAAGAAGCGGUUCAUCGUUGACGACGCCCCGACGCUCGCCAUCAACCACAUCUUCAUGAUGGCUCAAGGAAACACAACAACACGUGUUUGGCUCACGGAUUGGCAGAAGAUCGUGGCGACGCCCGAUUUGGACUUACCAUUUCCACAUCUGCGCCGGGAGUUCUACAACCAGUCAUGCGCCGCUUUGAGCCUCGCACUUGGUGAUCGCGAGCAGUACAACACCUUCGCCGAAAUCAUCAACAAGGCGAGGGAGAUCAUCAAGACAAACAGGGCAGCUGCACAUGAGAAAUCAGCAUGGCAGCCAACCUAUGUGGAGAAGGUGAGAACUGGUCCGCGRCCGCAGCAUGUCGCUGCAGUCCAAUCGGACAACAUUGUGGAAGACCCGACAGCCACCCAAGCGUCACGUGAGGGAGAUCAGGUGGCUGCUGUCCAGCCGCGAAGCAACAACAAGUCCUGAGGAAACGGGAAGGCGAAAACCGCAUUGCCGGCCGA